AUGUGCGGUGAGUCCAUUGAGAGAUGGCAGGUGCCAGACCGCACAUAUGUGGCGAGUCCAUUUAAGGGGUUCCUCACUGAUGUGGAAGAGCAGGAAAAGCAUGCUCUAGUGUCUGUGAAGAUCUUCUCACGACUCCUGUUGCACCCGGUGUCCCAUAAUCACAUCCUGGCCGUCUUCACCGAAAAUGACCAGAUGCGACGCUCAGUCAUGCAUGCCUUCCUUGCCUGCUUGGAAGUGGAUACCCGGGAUGCCAUCCAGGGGAUAAUGGGAUGUGCUAAGUCAUGCCUUCAUGGAGUGCUUGGAAUCCUGGACCAAUUGACUUCCCCCACUGUGGAUCUCCCACUCCCUCAGCCUCGUGCCUUGCAACACUCACCUGGCAUUUGUAGUCUUGCUUAUCAGGUCAUCUACAAGGCUGUUUCUUCUCCUGAGAUUUCUGAGCCUGUCUUGAGGUACUUGAGGACAUCUCGGGACUUGCUCUUUCGACAUCUUGCACUUCUGCCCUUUCAAGUUGGACCUCUGGUUGAAAGACUACAGGCCAUGGCAUGGCUGAUGAAAGCAGUGGCAGUUGAGCUGAAAGUGGGGGCAUCAGUGGGUCAACGCUCAUACCUCUUGCGCCUCUCAUCCCUCCUCAUUGGAGGAACUAACCAUGAUGGGGAAUCCAACAUGCUCUCUUCCUCAUCAUUUUCAUCAUCCUCCUCUCAUCAUGUCUCAUCUUUCCAUCAACACACUGGACUUCCUGGAACAUUGUUGGAUGGGACAGGACUUGAUGCAAGACUCAGACAAAGUCGCAAGUUGUUCUCCCUUCUUGAUUAUGUGGAUUUGACUGGGAAGGAGGUGGAAGCACCAACAUUGGAGCUGUUUGAAAAAGAACGAGUCAAGGAACUCCUGAGUAAAUGCACUGAGGCCUGUAGUGUGGCAUCAUUGCCUGUGGGACUAAUCCAUGUGGAGCGCUUGCAUUCAAUCCUCCAGCGGGAACUCGACCUACUUUUCUCAUCUGGUGCUGUGCUCCACAAGCAACCUUUCAUUUCUGAAUUGCAGGCCAUCCUGUCAUAUGCUAUUAAAGUGAAUGGAUCUUUGGAAGUUAUGGGAUCUAAUCACUUGUUCCUGGAUGGUUGGAGGCAAGUCACAUGUACCUAUUUUUCUGUUGUCGAUCCAGAACCACACAAUUUUCGAACACGACAUCAUCUCCUCCGUGAAGUUUCCCAGGAACUUCUCUCAAAGAUGCUCCACGAGGAAGUAGUGGGGGACCUGAAGAAGGUGGCAUCAGGGGUGAUACUUCUCUUAGUCACCCACCUCAGGCAUUGUUUCUUAAUGAAUGCUGAGAAGUCUUCUACCCAUCUCCUUCAGUCUCAAGCCCCCUUGCAGACUCUUUUCCACAAGCUCCUUGUCACCAUCCUCAAAACCCGGAAGAGUGAGCAACGUGUCCGCCUCCACUUGUAUGGUGCAUUAGUGAAUUUUCUCCGAAUGGGUGACACGGGUCAAGGGAAGGAGAGGGAGAAGCUACAAUUCCUCAUAUCUGAACGGGAGCAGGACCGCUUCUGUACCCUUGCCUUGGAAGGAAUUUCCUCAUAUGGAGAAGCCUUCAUGAAUGUCCUUGUCAAUGAUUCCUUCCAUGGACCCGAUAUAGUCAAGUUGGAGGCGAUGACAUGCCUCACAUUGAUCUGCAGCAUGGAUCGACGUGGAGCAUGGCUGUCAUUUUUGUCCUCACGGACUCACUUACGCCACUUGAUCGAUGCCGUGACGAGUCGAGAUUCCCAACUGCUUCAGGAAAUUGCCUCCCCCUCCUCACCCCUCAGGGCUAUUGAGAUGUACAAAGCUCGCAUGCUGCUGGUGAUGUGCUUAUCAAGGAAUAAGAAGGGGGCCCAGCUGAUUCUCCAGGCAGGAUUUCUAGCUCGGCUCACCCUCCUUGACUUUCCUCUCCCUGCUCCUGCUGAUAGUCAUGAUGCUGGUGAUCUCAUCCUGGGCAUACUUCGAAGUCCUUUCAAGGAGCAUCCUGAAGCAUUGAGAAAAGUUGCUCUUUGUACACAUCUGCUUGCCUCAGUUGCUCAACUUGAUGUUCCUGAGAAACGAGAAAAGCUUGAGUAUCAAAUGCGAGAGACUCGCUUCCUGAAAGCCCUUCUUUCUCUCAUCUCAAAGAUGACCUCUGAAAGGAAUCUCAGGGAUGUCCAGGCCAUGGAAAAGACCUCCCGCAACCUUUUAUUCCAGGUGCAAGGGAAUAUUCUGCAGCAUCUGGUGACUGUGACUGGCCACUGGAAACCUGACAAGGCAGCCAGGAUGAUCCUUUUUGAUCCUUCUCUUCUUGAUGAAGUUACUGUUGACAUCCCUGGUUAUCGGGGAGAAAGUGACCUACUUGGACUUCCACCUCUGGGAGUGCUCCUGAGGGGAUUGAAGACCUAUGCCCGUCUUUUCCUGUCCAUGCAUGAGGAUCUAGUAAAUAUGAGGAAGAAAAAAGAUGCCUUUUCCACACUCUCCUCAGAUCAACUUCAACAGUUUCAGCUGGUGGAGGAGAAGGGAGAAAUGGGACCAGGAGAGUUGAAGGAGGAGGCAUGGAGGAAGCUGGUGUGGGUGGAAGAGGGGAUUGAAAGAGAUAAGAUGCUGGUGGCCUUCCUUCUUGAAUCCUCCCUCUAUCUCCUCUGGCAACAUUUGGAGUACUUCCUUGUUCACUGGGCCCCUACGGCACGACCAGCACUCUUCCCUCCUGCCCGUGAACAAGAAAAGGCCAAAGGAGACAUUGGGAUUCAUGGUUCAGAACUAAAACAAGAGAAGUAUGAGAAAUUGAAGGCCGACCUCCCGAGUUGCAUCUCUGACUCCCUGUUCCUUCUCUUACAGCAAGUCCAGCAGAUAUUGGGAAGAAGCACUUCAACAGGGCCAACAGCCUUGGAAAUCCUGACCAGACGAAUCAAGCGGCUAGUUCAGUAUUGCAACUGAUGUGUGUUUGUGCUCAUGGCUUUUUUAUGAACCUCUUAAUAAAUUCCUAACAGCUUACA